UGAUCCCCUUCCCAGCCGCACGCUCGCCCCUGACGGUGCCGGCGCGUCUAACCCACCCAGAUAUCCAUCGACGGCGGCGAAAUUGGGCCUGCGACUACUAGAGGUUUCACUUCACAGCUUGACCAAAAGGCCAGUCCAGUUGGAGAAGGCGCCGCCACUUCCAAUCGCCCGAGCUCUCUCCACGCCCCCGCGCCCACAAACAUUCCGUCGAGCGGUUGGUGCGCGCGCGGCGCAGAGACAGAGAGGGAGCCAUGGCGGCAGCGAAGGCCAGAUCCGCCGCCCUCUCCGUCACCCACAAGUGCCGGAACAUCUUGGCCGCCGGCUGGGAAGCCCACCUCAACACCAUCAAGGCCGACGCCAGGGGAAGCAAGGGGGAGAUUUACACGUCGAGGGUGCACUACAUGGUCCAGAAGGGCACGCCCUACUUGAUCGUCCCCGAGAACCACAUGCACAACAUUAACAUUGUAAUUGACGAGCGGGGGUCUCUCGCGGUGUCCAGUCCGAUCCGGGGUCGGGUUGCGAGCUUGCUGAAAUCACUCAAAAAGUUGCCUCCUCGUGUUGCUAUGACCGGUGAUGUGCUGCGCAUGAAAGACACAAAGGUUCCAGUCAUUGCUGAUAGCCUGAAGAAAGCUAUUCUGAAGGAACACAAAGCUGCUAGUGAAGCUAGUCAUGGAGUGUCAGCAAUAUUGUCUUCUGCAGGUGCUACCUGCAAGUCACGGAGUGAAGGCCUCCUUGGUCUACUCAAUGAAGAGAGCUCCUACAGUAUCUUCAAAUUUGACAUUGGUUCAUGUGUCUACAUAGAUUCCUCUGGGGGCAGCCAUAAUAUUGAGCUGGACACUUUUGAACCACCAAGAGCAGAUCUGCUAAUGCCAUUCUCUGCAAAGCUUAUUGAUGGUAUCAACCGGAGUGAGUCCAGAAGGAGAGCACUCAUCCUUUUCUGUCUCGAGUAUUUUAAUGUGACCGCAAGAAACGCAGUCAUGGUUUCUAUUGACCACCACGGUUUUGAUGUGCUCGCCAAAGUCCCUGAAAGAGCUGCCCCGCUUGAUGCCCCUCAACAAUACCAUUGGAAGGAGUUCAGGUUCACAUUCAAGGAAGCAGCCAAAGAUGUUGAGGAUUUCUGCCGCAUGUUGGUUGAGUUAGAGGAAGAAGCUAUACAGAGCAUAAAGAGCUACAGCGGUUUAGGAUGACAGCCCACUUGCCACUAUCUGAAUCAAUGACGAACAAGAUCUGAUAUUGAGAUUGUGAUCCUCUCGUCUUUUCUUGUGGGACCUAUGGUUUGAAGUUACAAUAUUUUUGGAGAGUUUGAAGUGAGGUUAGGAGUGGAUGGUUUGCAAGAAUUCACCUUGUUUUCACAUGGAGCUGCAAACUGAAUCUGAUUGAAUGGAUCUACGUAUAAAUUGCAAACGGUGAAACCUUGGUUUA